ACGUGAGCUUGUUUAGACAUGGCGACUUACGGAGAUUAUUUCUAAUUACACAUAAUGGUUUAGGUAUAGAGAAUUUCCUACACGUAAAGAAAGAAAAACCUACAAGAUAAAAUGGCUGCGACAAAAACUUAUAAACUAGACUUAGAGCCUCCAAAACGGAAUGUGUUCGUGACACAGCUGCACGCGAGAGAUGAUGAGGAUGACAUCACACAGAUACCAGUGGUACGAGAACCAGGGCAUCGUCUUCUGGAAUCCAGCACGAACACGCGCCAAAGAACCCUUCUCUUAAAACAAGAAGUUGAGACUGAUAAGGUGGAUGCUGAAUUAGAAGCCAAACGGCGAGAGUUUAAGGAACGAAUGGAUGCAUGUGAAAAACGAAGAAUUGAAGUCCAGAAAAAACAACAAAGGAUGAAGGACAGGGUGGCAAAGUUUGAAAAAUUUAUUGAAGAAAAUGAAGUAAAACAGAGACGAGCCAUACAGAAAUAUCAACAAGAAGUUCGAUUACGAGCCAUGAAAAAGUCCGAAUUACAAAUACUCACUGAACAGCUGGAACAGAUAAAACAAAGACAUCGAUCUUUACAGAAGUUAUUAGCUCAAUAUAAAAAAUAUGAAACGUAUUUAUUAGCUGUGGUUGAAGCAAUGCCUGAAGAUUAUAUUACAUCAAGUGAAGAUAAAGUUAAAGGUUUAAUGAUGAGACAUCGAACAUUAGAUGAAGCAAACACAGAUUUACUCUCUAAUCUGAAUGCUAUAGGAGAUGAAUUUGAGGCCACAAAAGCGAAAUUAGAUUUACUAAAACAAGAACAUAACACGAAGAAACUCUGGUACAACAGUCGACUAGCAGAACUUAAAACUCUAGAGGAACAAAAGAGUGGAAAAAAUCAGAGGAAAGAACAAAACUUUUUAUUAACCAAAGAUAAUCUGAAAUUUAAGAGAACAGAGUUAGGUAUAACAUUAAUGGCUAUAGAUAAUAUCUACGAAAAAUGUAGAAAAGAAAAAAGUUACGAUUUACCAGCAGAUAAAGUGAACAUUGAUGAUAAACUGAAACAUAUAGAGUAUCAUCUGAAGGAAAGAGAACAAGUAGCACAUAUUGUCCAGACAGACACAGGAACUACGAUAGACUCUUUUAAACCAGACUCUCCAAAGCCCUCUAAAGAAAAACAAACAAGAAGUGUCCGAGUGAAAGUGCCCUAAUGUGCUGAUUAAAGCACAGAAAAUUCUACCAUUCUAGUGACUUUCCCGUUGUUUUACAAUUACUGUGCUUCAUUUUCGUUGUGGCGGUCAAGAUGUUAUAUUGACCAGAAUCGUACUACGAUUGAAUUAUACGAAAUGACGAACCAGGACGUAUAUGUGCUACAGCUACCAUCAAAUUGAUGAUCAUCAUUUGCUUGAUAAAGGCGAGAGUAUCAUCGUUAAUAAACCAGUAAUUGUUAUUCUAUAAAUAGUUUUUAGUGUGAUAUACGAAUUGGUUGUGCUAAAACAUAACAGUGAAAAAAUAAAUCAAGUAGUCCUUUCCAAAUGCCAUAUAUUUGAUCAGUAUUCAUUUUAAAUUUUAAAGAUACAUUAUGGGAUAUUAAAGAGCUAGCAGUUCUCUCUUUUAUAAUUAAAAACUAGAUAAUGUAAAGGGAAUUUGCUGAAAACUUCAGUCAAAUUCAUCCAUUCUGAACCGAGAAUUUAGCUAUUGAAAUUUUGCCUAGCCUCGAUCAUCAUUACUAAAUCCUUAUAAGACAUAUAGAAAUAGAUUUCACUAAAAAUAAAACACACUUAUAUGGAUAUACUACUAAAUUCAGAAGUAGUAUAUCCAUAUAAGUGUGUUUUAUCAUUACUAAAGUCGGUAUGUAAAAAAACAUAGUCUCGAUUAUCCAUUUCCUGAUUUAAUCAUGAGUGAAAGUUGAGGAGCAAAUAGGAAAUGAAAUGAAAUGGGGUUUAAUGUCCUACUGUUCUGCUCCUAUACUGGGCUAAUGAAGACGGGGAGCAAAUAGGGACCUAAUCCAGUAAAUAUCGGAGGCUAGUGAUGACAUCUAGAGUUGAUUAUGGUCUGGAUAAAUUAAUUAAUGUCAAAUUAAUAAUUAAUAUAACAUUUCAGACCAGCAAUAGGCAGAUUUAGCUCUUGUAUAAUGUAUGUUUAAAGAUGUCUUGGAAGUAAACAUCCUAAAAUAUA